CUCUCCAUCUCUCUCUGUCUCUCUCUCUCUAUCUCUCUCUGUGUGUCUCUCUCUCCAUCUCUCUCCACCUCUCUCCCUCAUUAUCUCUCUGUCCCUGUCUCUCUCACACACACACACACACACCAUCUGUGCCAGAAACAUGCCCUGUUUUUUUCUGCCAGUAUUGUGCCAACCACUCCACCUUUGCAAAUACGAUAAGGGCAAAGCUGCAAGAACUCUCCCUGCUCUGCUAAUGGUUAACCAGAUAAUCCCUUUAGAGGGGUGGGGACAAAACACUUUUUAGCACUUUUUUAUAAUCUUAACUCAUUUUGAAGAGGACGCAAAAUGGAGGAGUCAUCCCAGAAAGAGUUGGAAUACGAAGAUCCUGAUGAAAACGAAGGUGGGAUCCGGCGUAGACUGAGAGACAGAGAUCUCCUGAGGAAGAGGAGGGCCGAGGCAGAGCAGAAAGCUACAAACCAGUGGGUUUAUUGGAUGCAGAGCAGGAGGAAGAGAGCGAGAGGGGAGGACCGUGGCGGCUCAGGGAAACGAGGGAGGCCAAAGAAGGCCGAGACGUUACCGGGGCUCCUGGCCGCUGAGGAGGAACCGGGACCCUUACCGGACCCACAACCGGUAGCUCUCCCCGCUGUCGUGGAACCCUUGGGUGUGUCCAUGACAACCAGCGUGUCAUUGCUACCUGGCCGCCCUCCUGAGACGCCCACUCCCCCAGAGCCACAGCCAGCACACGCCCCCCGGCCCCCUCCUGAGACGCCCACUCCCCCAGAGCCACAGCCAGCACACGCCCCCCUGCCCCCUGCCCAGGGCCCACCUAAACCUACCCCAUACAGCUCUCUGCCCAUGCCAUGCCCGGCCCCUGACCUUCUCCCUGUCAUUGUUCCUGCCCUGGCCCCUGACUCUGCCUCUACCUCCACCCUUGCCCCUGUGCUUGCCCCAGCGUUUACCCUCACCCCAGCCUCUGCCCUCACCUCUGUCUUCACUCCCACCUCUGCCUUUACCCCCACCCUUGCCCCGGAUUCUUCUUCUUCCCCUGCCCUGGCCCCUAGCUUUGCCAUCACCCCUGCCCCUCCACCUGCCCCUGCCUCUCCCCCUACCUCUCCCCCUGCCUCUCCAACUGCCCCUGCCUUUCCUGCCUUUCCUGCCCCCGCCCCCAGCCCUAUGGAGACCCUGUACACAGAGCCUCCAGAGGGUGACAGGCUGGCCCCGGUCUUGCUGGAGGAGCUGGGCCCAGACGAGAAGCAAGACCUCGCUCCAUCACCAGACCACCCUGGUCAAGGACUGCUGGAGGAGGCGUCCAUCGAGGUGCCUGAGCAGAAUGCGUCUUUCUCACGACCCACCUACUCCUCUUCUGCGCCCCAAUAUGAAUAUUUCCCUGGAAGUAAUUUCUGAACAACCAACACAGUCUUUUGAAACCGUGCAUAUAACUUUAGGUUACUAUUACUUCAAGCUUAUUCUGUCAGACUCAUCAAGAAGAUGGAGGUAGAUGAGUAAAAAUACAAA